AUGAGAGGGUCAAAAAUCAAAGUUAUUUUCCGGAUUUUGGACACGCUUUCUAGCGGUUUGUCAUUGUUAGCUUUGUUGCUGAUUUAUCGCCGUAUAACAGACAGCGAUUUUAGCCUAUUCAACAACUUGCAGUCGAAGACGGGACAAAACGAUUUUGAAACAACUCCAACCCAGGAAAACGAUCUGAAUCGAUACAUUAAUGGUAAAUUAGCUGUUGAAGUCUGGCCGAAUAUUUGUGGUGGCAAAUUAUCCAACUUAUACAAUUCUCCGUUCUUCCCGCGGUUUGCAGAAAAGUCGCAUUUUAUCUCGGAGACGAGAACAAGGCUGAAUGAAAGCAACUAUGGACAACGGAUAGCUGGUUAUUUACAACCAAAGGAAACUGGUUAUUACAAGUUUGUCUUGUAUUCUGACGAUGGCUCGGAGUUUUGGUUUGGUUCCAAUGGUAGUCUGACAAGUUUAAAGCUCGCGGCUAGUGUUGCAUCGCGGGAUAGAAUUGGCAGCGCGCCAGUCGGCGAGAUUCGGUAUGACUCUCAAAUAACAGAUGAUUUUCUCCUUGAAAAGGGAAAUAAAUAUCCAUUAGAAAUAAUUCAUCUUCAAGGCACCGAAGCUGAAUUUGUGGAAUUGCAUUGGAUUCAACCUGGAAAACACUAUUUGGAAGUUAUAACCUCAGAAUACAUUUCGCAUCUUUCUAACUCGCAUCCAGUGCCCAAAAUUGUAGUUUCGAGGGAUGAAGAAAGCCAUUCUGCCGUGGCUGUAACAACGAAGUUCUACCUUGUGGCUUUUCUCACAGAAGGUAUUGUAAAAAAGAUACUUCCCACGUGUAAUUUCGUACUUCCGGCCUCAACAAAACCGGAAGUGGCUCGUUUCCAUGCUUAUAGAGAAGUCAAGGAAGUCACCAUAGUAACAAACGAUAAAGAAGGAAACUGGACGAAAAAUAAAGAAGCAAAGAGGCUAGCUGAUCUUUUCAUGGCCAGACUUGGAAAAAUUUUUCCAAAGUAAGUGUAUUGUUUUAAUAUUUUAUAUAAUGAAUUAAGCGCAUAAUUAACGAAAUUAUAGCGUUCUUCAUAUCAAAUACAUGGAUCCUACAGCUUCAGUAGAGUUAGUUCAGUGUUGGGUUUACAUUUCACCUUUACAAAUUGUCCUUUUUUCCCUUCUUUUCCAGAAAGUACAAAAUUGUUAGGUUUUACAACCUUGAACGCAUUCCUUUAGAAGACGAAGGCAGCGUUGUACUGUAUUUUCUAGAGCUAGAAUUGGGUUGUGACGCUCUCGACUACACAGAGAGAGUCGUAGAGUACGUGCUUUUACAAAAUCACGAACAGAACGGUGUCUUAACGACCGAUGCCCAGCUCUGUUAUCCAAGAGGACUGGAUUGGAACAAAGAUGCUGUAGUCCAUUUGAUCCUGGCUGUACAUCACGAAGGUCCGCGUUUUCGUCGUUUUAUUGAAAAACUGGAAAAAAUCUUCAAGGAGAAUCUUGAAGUAUAUUUCCACCUUGUUGUUGUUAACUCUGGUAACGCAGGACUAGACAUCCGGGAAAUUCUUGGGGCAACCUCGUUGCUGAAGUACAGGGUGGAAGAGUUAGAUGGUGACUACUCUUGGACUCGCGCAAUUAAUUAUGGGAUCAGACAAAUUCAAGACCCAGAACAGAUUGUCCUCACUGCUGAUGUUCACACGGACUUACCGGCUUCCAUUUUUGAAGACUGUCGUAAAGUAAGUUUCCAGUAUUUGCUCUCAUAGCUCUUGAUCCAUGAUUUGAGAUUGUGCCAAGAACUGGGUCGGUGUUGUGUCGAAUUGCACUAUGGGAAUGUUUUAAGGACCCUUAAUUUCUCUUUAAUUACAAAGUUUCGGGCGAUGCUGAAGGUCGAGAUUCGUACCCCGAAACAGUCCCAUCGAGCAAUUCGAUUCAACACGGACCCAGUCUCAGGCGGGAACUCGAAAUGGCUGAUAGUAAAUUUUUCUGCACCUAUAUUAAUAGCCCACGUUCAAUAUAUUAAAAUUCUAACAUGACUCCGAGGCUCUAGGGAAAAAUUGCAAAUUUUUUCACGACUCCCUUGUAUCGCAAUUCCCAGAAGAGACUUGAGCGCCCAGAAAACAAAACCAAAUAUAGAAAAUGACCAGAAUUUUAAUAUACUGAACGUGGGCUAUUCCGCCUUUGGAAAAUACUUGAUAAAUCGAUCGAAAACACAAUUUUGAGCCCCUAAUGAGCACCUCUAGUAAAACCUUGUUUUCACUGCAACUGCAGAUAACUAAAUCUGGUUUAAGUCGAUGUGAUCUAGCCACUAUUUUAUGUGCGCGCAGCUCUCCACUUUUUCUUCAACCGCGUCCAGAGGAGCUGUGCCUGUUUUCAGUUUAUUGACACAGAGUUCCCUUAUCAACUGCACCAACUGGAAUGAAGCUCGUGAAUACUAAGAUCCAAUUGAACAAUGCCCUGAUCCUUGUGGGACUCGUAUUUUUUCUUCUAAGUCAGCACCAAGCGCAUUACUCUAUCGUUUUCACCGUGCGACCAAGUCUAGCCUGUAUCUGGUCCCGCAUUCUCAGGCCAUCGGCAAGCAUAAAACAGGGAAGGAACUGCAUCGGGAGAUGGAAUUGGAUUUCUGUACCCCCUAUUUCAUUUUUCUCAUGGAUCAGGUUAGCGAGAGUGAGCUCGAAAUUAUACCAUCCUUUGUUCUUUUAUGACCAAACAUAGCGCAUACGCGCAUUAUGGAUCCUAGCAGUAUGAACCCAUCCCAGCAAAUGAGUCAUGUUUUUUUUGAUAUAUCUUCACCUGACUCUGAAAUUUUCUUACUUCUGGUUCUUUACCUACCCCUUCCCUACCCGAUCAUUUUGCCUUGAAGGUGUUAAUGUUAACAUUGGGUCAGGGGAGAGGUGGCUGGGUAUUAAGGUUAUUGACUAUCUUGGUUUUCUGUAUAGCACUGUAUUGAAGGAAAGAUGAUUUUUGCGCCCGUGCAAUAUGCCUUGGAUUGCGGGGCGAACCCCAACAAACCAAAAGGGUCAUGGUAUAGUCAUGGAUACCAAAUGAUUGGCAUGUAUAAAGGCGAUUGGGAUGGGACUGGAGGUGAGUUUCGAUAGCAAGCUAAGCAACGAGUGACCAAAAUUCGAAAAAUGAUGACAAUAGAUCAGUGUCCAACAGAUGAUUAGCGUAGAUGCAUAAAAAUGGUUUUAAAAACUUUAACUUCAUUCCACCCAUAGACAUUUAGUAGAGGAGACCAAUAAUGAAAGGCGGCAAACAUCAAAGCUAAAAACGACAGUGCUGCAGUUUAUGUUCAAAGCUCUCUGACGGUGCACAAUACUUUGUUUCUUGUUCACAAAUUGUAACGGAAUAAAUUAAUGCGACGUUUCUAUGGACAAUAAGAUCAAAAUGAUAGGAAUGAUCACGGCAUAGCGUUGUGCACCUUCAAGUGAACAAAAAUGUAUAACAAAGGGUCCGACGGACUUCAAAACCCUUCUACUCUAGAUCUAUAAUAACAAAGCUGUACCUUGAGGUUGCACUUUCAGUGUUCCUUUCUUCAAGAAGGAAUAUAGGAAACAAGCUUUCUCAAAUGCAAAUGUGAAUGCUUUUAAUAACAAAUCAUAUGCAAUUUUUUUGCAACGUUGUUUUGCAAAAACUACAUCUUUAACGUUGAACAUUCUUUAGGACUGGAUGAAAGUGUGAAUGAUCAUCAAGCAGCCUGGAACCUAGUAGACCGCAUUUUGUCCAGUGGAAUCCACGUGGCACGGAUGAGGAGUCCAAAUCUGUUCCGCUUGUUUUAUCCCGAGUCACGAGAUUCCACAGAAACAACAAGCGUCAGAAAGCCUCGGGAUAUUACAAAGAGGAUGUUUAAUUAA